AUGAAUUGCAGAGGACAGUCAUAUGAUGGUGCUGGAGCAAUGGUUGGUCACACCAAAGGAUUGUCCUCUCGUAUUUUAAUUCUAAAUGAAAAAGCUACAUUUGUUCAUUGCUAUAGCCAUAGGCUUAAUUUAGUUAUUUGUGGCUCGUGCAAUGUGCAAUAUGUCAAGAAUCUUCUGGCAUAUGUUAAAGAGGUAUCAUAUUUUUUCUAUCUUUCACCUACCAGACAACAAAAGUUAGAGGAACACAUUGAAUGUACUGUUCCAAUAGCUGUUAAAAAAAAAUUAAAAGAUGUUUGCAGAACACGUUGGGUGGAAAAAGUAAAUGGUUUAGAUUUCACACGUUGGGUGGAAAAAGUAAAUGCUUCUAGUGCAUCAUCCCUUCUGAAACUAAUUACAGGUUUUGAUUUUAUUGUUGCUAUGUGCAUAACAAGAAAUGUGUUUGACUUAACUCUUCCCAUAACGCGAAUGUUGCAGUCAAAGAGUAAUGAUAUUUAUGAUGGUUUGAAUCUUAUUCGGGCGUUAAAAGAUGUUGUGAUUUCACUUAGAAAGAUCGUUGAUCAACACCAUAAAAUGUGCUAUGAACAGGCUUUAAAAAUUGCACAAAGUAUUAAUGUAGCUGAAGCAAAGCCAAGAACUUCAUUUAUUUCCAAAAACAGAGAUAAUACUCCUUCUGAAUCUAUUUCUGAUUAUUUUAAGUUAGUUAUCACGAUUCCUUUAUUAGACCAUCUAAGUGUUGAACUAGACACAAGGUUUGAUGAUACUACCUUAAAAUGUUAUAAAGCACUUGUGCUAGUUCCUACAAAAAUGAUUUCAGUAGUGCAAUGUUCUCAUGACACCAGUUGGAAAGACUCCAUCAUAUCUUUCAGUGACUUUUACGCAACAGACUUACCGAAUCCGCUUGCUUUGUCUGGUGAGCUUGAUUUAUGGGAAGCCUUCUGGUUAAAUUUUGAAGGAGAUGUCCCUUCUAAUAUUUCCAAGACGUUAAAAGCGAUAAAUUUUUAUGUUUUGAAAACAUAA